GAUAUUCAUUAGUGCCUAAAUAAUUCCUUUAAUACAAUAAAGCCCGGUCUGGGAGCACGUAGAAUUUUGUCCAAUGACCCCAAACUACCCAUCCUUAUCGCUCGCACGUAAUUAUAUUGCUGUCGCGACCAGACUAUAGCUUUGACGCUAUGUAUAUGUUAUAAAAACUAAUGUGCAUGGAAUUUAAUAAUAUCGAUACUAUUCGAAAUUUUUGACAUGUCUAGUUAGUUUGACAACUGCCUGCCUGCUUCUUCUGCGUGAUUUGUGCGCGAUUUGUUGCUAUUUUGCAAGUGAAUCUGAGUGAAUCCAGUGAUUUGAUUUUGGAAGAAAUGUUCAUAAAAUUUACUCAUUAUUAACAAUUAACAAUGGCUCAGCAAAGUGAAAAUCUGGAUUUCUCUGGUUUAUUUAAAUUGGAUGUUUUGGUCCAUCUUGAUAUUGUAAAUUAUAGUUUCUACGAAGUGGGUCUGAAGAAGUUCCUAGCAUUUUCUAGUGAUAAAGAAUUGUUGUUCUUCUACAUCAAUCCUCAGACAGAAAGAUUUGAACGAAAUUAUGAUUGGGAUUUCGUCGACAAUCCUAUUUAUUGCAUGUGCUUUGAGCCAAGUGGCACUUGGGUUCUCAUUUUAAGUGAACAAAAAGUACUCCUAGUACCAUUUCUCCCUUUAUUCAUCCCGCAAAAUACUUUCGAUCAUAAAUGGUCUCUAUCAAGUGUCACUGUUCUUCCGAUCGCAAAUAUACAGAAGCCAUCCUCUGUUGUGUGGUGGCUUACAAAAGAGUCUGAAAAUAUACUAAUAAUUGGAUCUAAGACAGGAACAAUCACAUUUUAUUCAUUGGAAUCUCAAACAAUAGUCGGAGAAUGUAAAGUUUCGGGGGAAAUAAUUGACUUGCAAAUGUGUUUUGAUGACUCCCUCGAUUUGUUGGCACUGUUGAUAUCAAGAAAUAAAGCACAGCAAUGGAAGCUUGUCUUAGAGCACAGGUCUUAUGGCUACAACUGGCUACAGCAGACUAGAAUACAAACUGACAAAGAGAAAAAAGAUGGCUUCAUGUCCUAUAUAAAACAGUUGUCCAAAGAUAAAAUAACUUUAUUCAUACAGGGUGGUUCAAAAGAUGACAGUAAAUCUCAGAGUGUGGAAUAUGUCCUGAAGCCUGUUGAGUACUUACCAUUAUUUCGCAAAGGCUCUAAUAAUUGGGCACUGUCAGCCCAGUAUGUCAAUGGAAGACAUUUUCUGACUGCUUUCGAGUUAAAUGAGGGGACUUUAAUUCUUGAAAGUCCUGAAGACGAAACACCAUCUAGAACUUUGCGACCUAAAAUCAAGAAAGAUGGCUUGUAUAUUCAAGGACUUUGGUCCCAGAGACUCAUUUAUUUAAUGAGAAAAAAUGAAUUGGAAGUGCACAGUGCCAACUUUUCUGUGAUACAGGGUGAAGGUUUGCUAGGUGCGAAGCGGGAAUUCUCCGAGCUCUGGUCGGCUGAGCUGAUAGGGGAUGUGCGGCGAGCGCACCUGAUGUCUGCCAAGGAGCCGGCUGCGGGUAGCAGUGGUUGGCGCGAGCCCACCUUCCUCUGUGACUUGCAACUGCCGCGGUUCAGCGUGGAGCCCUGCCUCGUCGUUACGAAUUGUGGCGCGUAUAUUCUGAACACUGUAUGCGAGCCGUGCGAAUGGCUGGUGGGUCUCAUUAUGCGCGGGGGCACCGGCGCCGAGCAGUCCGCGGCGGCGUUGGGCGCGCCCGUGGCCACGUUGUUACGCGCCGCCGCCGAUAUGCUCAUGUCACGCGGGAAAGUGGCGCCCGCGCAGUAUCUCUACUCUCUCUCGCAGGUACAAUAG